GAAUUUGUCAGCCUAAGGGCAAGUGCAACCGUUUUGAUGGAGUAUGCAAGAGUUCUUGCGAUGGAACAGAGCGAGAAAUAACGAGAGGAUGUAAGAAGAAAUGUAGUUGUUGUGCCCCGAAGUGUACACAAAAUGGGUGCCAAGGUCAAUGCGUUAGCAAAAGGAAAGAAUGCAACGGGAACUUCAUCAAAAAUGGCUGUGGCGGAUUUAAAUGCCAUUGCUGCACUUCGGGUGGUAAGUUGUGUAACAUGCCAAAGUAAAAACUGUGUUAACUAAAAAAAGGUAAGUUUUUUCUGUUUAUGUACAUCAUCCAGAUCCUAGUCUUUAAAAAAAAAAAAACAGUAAGUAUCUGAAAAUAAGCUGAAGUAGCUUGCAAUUUCUCUAAAGCUAACCAGACCCAAAUGAUAUUCACUGCAUCAAGCCUCUGUUAAGAAGGGUGGGUAAUUAGGCAGGAAGAUGGCUGAGAAUCUUUGCAGAAAAAUGUUUACUUUGUGCACUCCAAGCAAGUCAGAAGUGAGCCCUACAUGGUAGAGGAGAAACCAAGUACAGCUGCGACCAACUCCACAACAGUUAGACUAACUUCAGCCACCUACUUUGAGUUCAACUUCAGCAUUUCUUUUACUAAUCCUCUAGACUACAAACAAACAAGUUAACAUCUGUGACAAUAAAAUUAAUUGAUUAAAAUUUA